AUGGGCCAAGGUCACUCGAGGCCCAAGCCGGGCACAAAGUUCCGUGUCAUUGGUGCCGGCAUGUCACGAACUGGCACCAAGACCUUUGCACAAGCCCUAGAGACGCUCAUCGGCCCUGUUCAUGACGGCGGCGCCGAGGGACUCGUGGGCACCGCGGAGGUGCGGAAGCGGUGGCUCGAGGUCAUGGAAUUAGCGACCAAGAAGGAUAAGACGAUGCCCGAGAAGAAGCGCCUGGAAUGGCUGCUUGCCGAACUCAUGGAAGGUUACUCCGCGACCGUUGAUGCUCCCUGCAUCUGGCUUGUGCCGGAGCUUCUCGAGCUGUAUCCAGAUGCCGUCGUAAUUGCAACGACCCGAGACAAAGAGUCUUGGUGGAAGAGCGCGCAAACAAUCUCCAGCCUCGUCGACUGGCCAUGGCUGCCCUUCUUCGCUCGGCCACUUCCAGUACUGAACUCAUUCGUCACAUGGGGCCCGCUCGUCGAGAGAACGUGCGUCUCCCGUCUGGGUUUCAAGGGCUUCCAAUGCGCUGAGGUGUUGGAAACGCACGAAGCGUUCUUGCGCAGGGUUGUGCCGCCGGAGAAGCUCUUCUUCUACCGAGUUCGUGACGGCUGGGGCCCGUUGUGCGAGAUGCUCAAGCUGCCGGUGCCCGCGCAGCCGUUCCCGCAUAACAACAAGCCCGAGGACGUCAAGAUGGUUGGCCGCAUCGUGGUUGCGGUCGGAUCGGUGGCGUGGGGAGUUGUCCUCGGGGGUGCGUUUACAUGCAGCUGGGUUGCUUGGAGGUUAGGGUCGAUGCUGCUGGGCAAAAUGGGGAACGAAGGGUUCGUGAAAUUGCUUGACACGAUCCGAUGA